CCAAGCAGUAUAACGCCGAGCAGCAUGUGAGCUGGCGGGCGUUGGUGCUCCCGCACGUGACGACGCGGAUUCAAAACAUCAUAGACUCAUUACCGGUUCAAGACCAGAAUCUACGAGAAAAGGGGAGAAUGAUCAUCCAGCAUUUGCAAGUGAACUUCGAGACGUCGCCGCCGUUCAGUGUGUUGCGCAUGGCCGAGGUACUCUAUGACCCGAAGCAUGAAGGAUACGAUCUCGGAUCCGUCGAGAAUGUGCUGAAAUACCUACACGCUUUGGCCAGAAUCGUAUUUGUUAGCUCCAGCGUAGAUGAUUUCCCAGCCCCCACCUUUGCUGAUGGCGCCCCUGAUGACCAUGGUGACCCCAAGGAUGAUACAAUUCCCUUGAUACGGAUUCCGUGGGCCAAUGACCACAAACGUGAGAUUGAAGGGCAUGAAUCUGACGAAUCCCCCAAGAGAACUAAGAAGUCUCCCGAAGGAGAUGACAUGGAUAUGAGCAGCCAAAGCAUAGACGGUGAUGACAGCUACGAAACAAUGGAUAUCAGUGCGGGCGAUGAACAACCGGAAAAGUGAUAUUAAAUAUAUACAAAAGGGUUUUAUGCUCCCCAGAUGGAUGCAAGAAUGGUAAACACUCCGUUUUGGGUGGUUUCUAGAAGAUAGAUCCCAUACAACCCCACACCAGUUCCCAACAGCAAAAGCCGACUGGCAUAAGUGUGCCACACUCCAUACACUCGCUUGGGGAUAUAGUCGAUAAUGCAAGACUUGAACCCCAUAUGACAGUGGACCAAGCAGGUCACGGCCCAUACGGUAUCGACGAUCGGGAGGUCGGGUCCAAGUAUAAAUGGAGCCGCCGUCAACGGGAUCAUGGCGGUACUGACAAUUUUUUCGUAUGCCCAGUGGUGUCCACCUUCGUGGAAAUUGGCCUGUGGAGGUGUGUAUGCAUCGUUGACGGUACCCACGAUAUUUCCCGGAGGCCCUUCCUUGAGCUUGUACUUGGAGAAGUCAGGUUUCAACGAAAGUGGCCUUAUAAGCCUCACAGCACUCGUGAGUCGGGGAAUUCUUGGUACUCUGGUGCUCAAGAACAUGGCGAUGAAAAAACUUCCAUCAAAUCAGGUGCGAACAAGUUAAACAAAUGAAGAAUAUGAUUUAGUAUACAAUAUUUACAAUGACAUUACCAAGAGGCCUUGGUGACACCGGGGAUGAUUCCGGCCCUAGCUCUUUCUCUAAAAGCAGUUCUAUUGAGCUUGAAGUCCUUAAUAACCCACUUGCCGUUUCCAGAUGCCACACACCGGUCUCUGAUCUGUGUAGGUGACGUGUAUUUGGGCAUGGCGGCCAACUGUAAUUGUGCUUCCAACCUCACCGAACCUGCUAACUCAGUGUUUCUGGCAAUGUGUUUCAAGGCAUUCCGAGUAACUUCAUGCUCGGCGUAUUGGAUUCUCUUGAACUGGUCCUUGAGAACCCGAGCGUUGACGUAGCAAUGCUUGGGGAUUUCAAACUUAACGGGAAACCUGAAUGGCAUAACUUUGAGU